UGUUCAAAUCUUUCCGGAGAUAAAAUAGGCGGUGUGGAUGGAGAGGAUUUCAUCACAAGUGACCAGGGACCUUGAGCGUCACGCAGUGAAUAGUAACCAUGCCGAGGUCAUUUUUGGUGAAGAGUAAACGGGCACAUAGCUACCACCAACCUCGAUACCUGGAUGAUGAGUACAUAAGACUGGAUACUAAUUUAUCCUUUAUAUGCGCAGGUGCGUCCAUUUAUGAUGCUGCAGUGCUUUCAAUAAAUGUCAUGCGUAAUUGUCAUCCAUUAGCCUUUACGCACACAAGGAAGAAUUAGCCAACGUUUGUUUUAAAAACCUGUAGUGAUACGAUUUUAAUUUCUCUAAAUUCGCGUGGAAUGUUUUAUGUUUGACUUUAGAUUUCACAAAUACAAUAUACAUCUGUGAUGAAUAUUAUGAGCUUGAAUGAUGUGCUAAUCUUUGCUUUCUCUGUGACUAUAGAGCGCAAACCGCAGGUUGAGUUUGAGGGGAGCUGUGACGCGCAGGAUGCUCAUAACCAUGGCAAGCUCUACCCCGAGUCCCAUCUAGUACGCACGGCUUGCCUCUCCUCCACCUCCCUGCUGAGCUGCGUGGGCAGCGUGUGCGACCGCUUCUCGGACUAUGACGACUACUGGCGCCCUCCAUCUCCAUCUGCAUCAGCGGGUCUGUGUUUAUAGUUUGUUGUGAUGUCUAUCUUUGCUCUGUCCUUGGUUACCAUUACGCAUAUGCACAAUGCAUCUCCAAACAUGGUUAUUUGAGACUGUCCCUCAGCAUUUCAUAUCUAUCACUUUUUAUCCUGUCCCAUGGAGGUUUACCUGCAUAUUAAAAGGGUGUAUUAUUGAGUCAUUAUUGGCUAUUUUUGUAAACAGUAUUUGGAAACGUGACAACUCAUAUAGUCCAAAUGUUUUCCAGAUUCGGAACAAGGUUUCACUCCGUCAGUAGUCAACGCUCACCCAUUCGCCAUUCCAUUCCCCCCUUAUGCAUGGACUACCUACUCUGGCUCCGAGCUCAGGCACAUUGUGCAGCGAACAUCCCAACACAAUCUCUCCACAGCUCUGGAGCCUGACACACAGAUGGGCAUCGAUGGAUCCAAGGAUGGUGCCACCAACUCCCCCAUUUACGCACAGCGGGGCCCGCACACUGGAUUUUACCGGGACAUUGGGUCUACAGUGUUCCCUACCUAUAGAAUGCGGUACGCCGAUAAAUUAUACUCGGACCUCAAGGUCUCUGAAAUCAAGUCCGAAUCCGAUCUCAUCUGUUCCGGUAUAGAACCAAGCGGAUCGUACAAAUGCACGAGGUGUUUCAAGGUAAGCCUAUCCACGCUCAUCUACCACAACGCAUACUAGGGUCAAUUGUUCGAUUUGAAUUAGAUGGUUUCCACUAAUAAACACAUUCGGCGUCAAUCUGGUAGGCUAUUAAUUAUGAUCGCUUUCAUUUUCUCCAAAAGGUCUUCUCGACACCACACGGUUUGGAAGUUCACGUCCGUCGGUCGCACAGCGGAGCACGACCCUUCGCCUGUGGAAUGUGUUGGAAAACGUUUGGGCACGCAGUGAGCCUGGAACAACAUAAAGCCAUUCACUUACAGGUAAUUAAGGCUCAAAUGCCUCCGUAUUUGCUAAAAAACUGUGUAACGCAUGCGUAAACCAUAAACAAAAAAAGGAACGAAAUCAUAAGAUGUACAUGGCAACAAGUCACACUCUCACAUAACUGCAUUUCUCACAUCUUACCUGAUUCACAGGAGAGGAGCUUCAACUGCAAAAUCUGUGGCAAAAGCUUCAAGCGAUCGUCCACACUGUCCACGCACCUGCUCAUCCACUCCGACACGCGCCCCUACCCCUGUCAGUACUGCGGGAAGAGAUUCCAUCAGAAGUCGGACAUGAAGAAACACACCUUCAUCCAUACGGGUGAGAGAUUACGCUCACACCACAAAAUAUACGUUCAUGAUUUAAAAAUAUUAUAUACACGAUUUUGCAUUAGCCUAUUAUUCAAAAGUGUCAACCAAACAAAAACGUAACAUAUUACGUUUCUAAGUCAGACAAUUACGAGAAGAAUAACAGCACUUCAAUAUGGAGAACUCAAAUGGACACUUUCAUAAUGCAACUUGUUUGUUUACAUUAUCAGGUGAGAAACCGCACAAGUGCCAGUUAUGCGGGAAAGCCUUCAGUCAGAGCUCCAACCUCAUCACGCACAGCCGCAAGCACUCCGGCUAUAAACCGUUCAGGUGCGACCUCUGCUUCAAGGGAUUCCAACGGAAAGUGGAUCUGAGGCGGCACAAGGAAACGCAACAUGGAUUUAAAUGA